AAUUUUUUUGCAUCAAAAAAGUUGAAAAUGAAACGAAAUCGAGUUGUAAGUUGUAAGUUAUGUAAAUUGAAAUUUGAAUGAGUUUCUUGAAACUGAUAUAUAUUAAAUCCCGAAAAUUAAUCUUCAAUCUUCCUCUUCCAUAAUAUAAUUACUGCCAACGUUUUCAAUUGUCAGCUCAGCUGUACUUCGUGGUUUGUGAAGUUCAUUCAUCACUCGGUUUCGGUAUUUAAUUUAAUGUUUGCGAUGAAUGAAAUCGGUUUAAAAAAUCAAUUAUAAAAUUGCAAGACUGUAAUACGUAUAAUUAAAUAGUUCAUAAUUGUAGUAAUGGUUUUACGAACAUUGAUAAUUCGAUAGUUCAGCGGUUCAGCAGAGUUCAGCUGUUCUCGUAACUGUUAACGCCAAAGUCAUACAUCAUACUUCAUUAUCAUAUUAGUAUGCUGUGAGCGGUACAACGAUGCAGUCUGUUCCGUCGGUUCUCGUUAAAAUGGGUUUCAGUUGAAGUUGACCACAUAUUCAAUUCGGUUCAUCACCAUUUUUCUAAUAUGGACUCCGAAAAUGUCGAAUUAUCAAAAAUCAAGUGCACCCGGUUUUACGUGGAAACAGUGGAUCCAAGUAAAAAUGAAGAAGCGGUAAAAUUAUGCCCGGAAGAAAGCGAAAAGGAGAAUCAUUAUGCCAGAACUUCUAAUUCCAAAUACCUCACCAGGGAGGCUUUACCAAGAUUGGACAAUUAUAGGCAUAUAAUGUCCAUUCAAGCAGCUUAUCGUCCAACUCUAGAAGAUCUUCAUAACCCAGUUUCUAUCCCUAAGCAUCAAGCUGAAAUCGACGAAGUAGACGAAGAAACUCACACGAAAAAUACUCAUCUCAUCAAUUCUCAUUGUUUGGUUGAAUUAGGAUGGAAAGAAGGUGUCUUGAUACCAAAUUUAUUCGGCAUUUGCGGUGCAAUUUUAUUUUUACGUUUUGUAUGGAUAGUAACAGAAGCUGGUUUGGUGAAUAGUAUUCUAUUAGUGUGUUUUGGAGGAGUAGUCAGUAUGGUUACAGCUUUGUCAGUUUGUGCCAUUGGUACAAAUGGGUUCAUUAAAGAAGGAGGAACUUACGCCAUGAUGUCCCGUUCCCUCGGUCCAGAAUUCGGCAUUCCUAUUGGAAUCGUCCUACUGAUUGGAAACGUUGGUUUAUGCUCAAUGUACAUUUUAGGUUUAACGGAAUAUGUGAAGGAUCUGUUUGGAUGUUGUUUACUCGACUGUGGAAUUCGAGACACUCGUUAUUUUUCAUUUUUUAUAUUUACACUGGUUACGCUUUUGGUAGCAUUUUCAUUCUUCUGUAUUAGAUGUUCAUUUUUUUGCACAAAGAUUCGAAAUUUACUUUUUGCUUUCAUUGCUGCGGCGUUUCUGUAUUUUGUAACGAGCUUCAGUUUUGGAUUAUAUACUCUUCAAGUCGCUCCUUUUAAUGUUUCUACGUUGGAAAAUAAUUUAUUUUCAAAGUAUACAAAAAAGUUUGAUGGCGAGACGAGUGUAUUUUUGUUUUUUGCAUAUUUCUAUCCUGCUUUUGCCGAAUUCUUAGGCGGGAUCAAUGCUUCCGGUCGUUUAAAGGAUCCAUUGAGAACAAUCCCGAAGGGAACAAUUUUAUCUAUCAUUAUCGGUGUCAUAGUUUAUUUAGUCACAGCUGUCGUAGUUUCUGGAACAGUUACGCAAACUACUGAUUCAAGCUCAUCCACUGAUAAAUCAAAUCUUUCUGUUUUCUGUUCCAAUUAUGUUUGUCAACAAAAGCCGGUGUACUCGUACGAUAUCAUAGAAAGGUAUAUCGCGGGAAAAGAGGCGAUAAACGUUGCCACAAUUAUAGCCACAUUAUACUGUAUUUUUGUCAAUUGCAAAACGGCCGUUGUUUCAUUUAAAAUACUUUCAACUGAUAAACUUUAUCCAAAAUUAUGUCGUUUCAACUUCCUUUUCACCACAAAUGUUGAAGUUUACACGUUUAUUAUCAUCGUUGGAUUCAUUUCAUUAUUAUCUGGUGAGAUGAACACUUUGGCGCCAAUUGUAACCAUACUUCUGCUAGCUGCCUGUGCGGUCAUUAAUUUUGGCACUUUUCAUAUUUCUCUAAUUCAACCAAUCGGAUGGAGGCCAACUUUCAAAAAAUAUAACAUGUGGAUUAGUUUAUUUGGUUCAGUUUUAUGCUUAUGCAUCAUGUUCCUGAUUAAUUGGGUAACCGCUUUGAUAACCGUGUUAAUAGUACUCGGUAUUUAUUUAUUUAUCACCUAUCAGAAACCAGACGUGAAUUGGGGCUCGAGUACGCAAGCACAAAUGUACAAUAACGCUUUGCUGAGUGUUCAUGCUUUGAACUCUGUUGCCGAUCAUGUAAAAAAUUAUAGGCCGCAAAUUCUGGUAUUAUCCGGUUUGCCAUCCCAUCGUCCUCCAUUGGUUACUUUUGCUCGACUCAUUACCAAACAUCUGUCUUUGAUGAUAUGUGGACAUAUUCAUACGAAUCACGUGCCUCAAAAUGAACAAAGAGACUACACUACGAAAGCUCGUAAUUGGUUGAAGUUUCAUAGAAUCAAAGCCUUUUUUGCUCAAGUGGACGAUAUUUCUUUCGAAGAUGGUGCCAAAUCUCUUAUGCAAGCUACUGGUCUCGGAAAAUUACGUCCCAAUGUUUUACUUAUGGGAUACAAAAAUAAUUGGACUACAAGCUCCAAGAAAGAUUUGGAUAUGUAUUUCAAUAUAAUCCAUAAAGCUCUUGAUAGCCAUAUAGCGGUUUGCAUUUUACGAGUGAAAACCGGAUUGGAUUUUUCUCAUUUGAAAGUAAACCAAGACCAAAUAUCCAAAAAUAUUUAUUCUACAAAAUAUGAAUUCAACAAUGUCAAUCAACGCAUAAACAUCGGAGAACCCGAGGCGAUAAAAAUUAAUGACGAUGGUGCAUCGAAACGUAAAAAUGGUGAUCUUAAUUUCUCCGAACUCAAUGAUAGCUACGAAGACAUCGCAACAAAUGAUAUUUAUAGAUAUAAAGAUGGCAUGGAGCUAUCCGGUGAUAUGAUCAACAGAGUGACUCAGUUUCAAGGAAAGCAGAAAAAAGGAACUAUUGAUGUGUGGUGGCUUUACGACGAUGGAGGAUUGACGCUUUUAUUGCCUUAUAUAAUUAGUACAAGAAGAAGUUGGUCUAGUUGUAAAUUAAGAGUUUUUGCUUUAUCGGCAAAUAACGAUACGUUGGAAUUCGAACAGCGAAACAUGGCUAGCCUGUUAUCUAAAUUUCGAAUUGACUAUUCCGAUUUGACUAUUUUCACCGGAUUAAUGAAGAAGCCCCAAGAAGAAACGAAUCUCUUUUACGAGAGUCUAAUAAAAGAUUUUGUUACAAAAACUAACGAUCAACCUUCGGACGAAAAAAUUAUCAUCUCUGAAACUGACUUGUCAACAAUGCAAGAUAAAACUAAUCGCCAUUUAAGGCUAAGGGAACUUUUAUUGGAACAUUCUCAGGAUGCUAAUUUAAUCGUAAUGACACUGCCAAUUCCUCGCAAAUCUGUGAUAUCAGCUGCCCUAUACAUGUCUUGGUUAGAGGCACUUACUCAAGACAUGCCUCCGUUUUUGUUAGUCAGGGGAAAUCAAACUUCAGUUUUAACAUUUUAUACAUAGGUUACUUAUGUCUAAUCUACCUUCUAACUUUUUAUUUCGAUUUUUAGCGUCACUUUUAAUUUAUUGAAGAAAUAAGAUAUUCUAUUUUCUAGAAUUUUUUAUUUUAUUCACAUUGGCUGUGAAGUGUGAAUUCGUCACUGUGUUGGUAAAAUAUCCGAUAAUACGCAGUAUUUAUGAUGACUAAAAAAUAAUUUUUUUUUUAUGUUUUGUGUACUUAUGCAUGCUACUGUGCAUUGUGUUUAAGUAAUCCCUGUAAUCUCAUUUUGAUAUUAAAAAAUGUUCUAAUUUUUACGAGGUGUUUAGUUAGGUAAUGAAUAAUGAUGUAUUUUGUUUAACUUGCAGUAAAUUAAUUGAAGAUUAUUUGAUUGGUGUGAGAUAAGUUGUUGUACUUGGUAAUUAAAAAUUUGCGAUCUCGCCUCGAAA